AUAGCGUCACUUCCUGUUAUGGGGCCGAUUGGCCGAAGCUCAGGAGAGUGGGCGUGGCGCCGGGGUUCCGAGUCGGCCGGUUGGGGGCUGGACCGUUGAACCAUGGCUGCGAUCAAACUCGCCAACCCCGGGGCUGAGGUGACGCGCAGCCAGGCGGCUUUGGCUGUGAAUGUCUGCGCCGCCCGAGGGCUGCAGGAUGUGCUGCGGCCGAGCUUGGGUCCUAAGGGCGCGCUAAAAAUGCUUGUGUCUGGGGCAGGUGAUAUCAAACUCACAAAAGACGGCAAUGUACUGCUUCAUGAGAUGCAAAUUCAGCACCCAACAGCUUCCAUCAUAGCGGAAGUAGCGGCAGCCCAGGACCAAGUCACAGGCGAUGGCACCACCUCCAAUGUCCUGAUCAUUGGGGAACUGCUCAAGCAAGCCGAUCUUUACAUUUCUGAGGGCCUGCACCCUAGAAUCAUAGCUGGAGGAUUUGAUGCUGCAAAGACGAAAGCACUUGAAGUUCUGGAUGAAAUUAAAGUAGAAAAGGAGAUGAAGAGGGAAAUCCUCUUAGAUGUGGCUAGAACAUCCCUGCGAACGAAAGUUCAUGCUGAACUGGCUGACGUGUUAACAGAGCCACUCAGGUUGAUUCGAGGAUUGGUUUUGGACCAUGGUGCCCGUCAUCCAAGCAUGAAGAAGCAAGUGCAAGAUGCGUUUAUCCUCAUUUGCAAUGUUUCACUGGAGUAUGAGAAAACAGAAGUGAGCUCUGGUUUCUUUUAUAAGACUGUAGAAGAGAAAGAGAAAUUGGUAAGAGCCGAAAGAAAAUUCAUUGAAGAUAGAGUGCAGAAAAUAAUAGACCUGAAGCAGAAAGUCUGUGCCGAGUCCAAUAAAGGAUUUGUUGUCAUCAAUCAGAAGGGCAUUGAUCCGUUUUCCUUAGAAAUGCUUGCAAAAUAUGAAAUCGUAGCUCUUCGCAGGGCAAAAAGAAGAAAUCUUGAAAGGCUUACCCUCGCCUGUGGAGGAAUAGCUGUAAACUCCUUUGAAGACCUUAAUGAAGAUUGCUUGGGGCAUGCUGGCCUUGUAUUUGAGUAUUCAUUAGGUGAGGAAAAGUUCACUUUUAUUGAGGACUGCGUGAAUCCUCUCUCUGUCACCUUGUUGAUCAAAGGACCAAACAAACAUACUCUUAUACAGAUCAAGGAUGCUUUAAGAGACGGACUUCGUGCGGUCAAAAAUGCCAUUGAAGAUGGCUGUGUGGUCCCAGGGGCUGGAGCAGCUGAAGUCGCCAUAGCAGAGGCUCUCGUGAACUAUAAGCACCGUGUGCAGGGACGAUCUCGCCUUGGAGUCCAAGCCUUCGCUGACGCCUUACUUAUUGUCCCGAAGGUUCUUGCUCAGAAUUCUGGUUAUGACCUGCAGGAAACAUUGAUAAAAAUUCAGACUGAACAUGCAGAAUCAAAAGAGCUCGUGGGCAUAGACCUGAAUACAGGGGAGCCAAUGGUAGCAGCAGAAGCAGGCGUUUGGGAUAAUUAUUGUGUGAAAAAACAUCUUCUUCACUCAUGCACAGUGAUUGCCACUAACAUUCUCCUGGUUGAUGAAAUUAUGCGAGCUGGGAUGUCGUCUCUCAGAGAGUGAUUGAAUUCAAAAUCAAUUCAUCUGGAAGACAAGAUAGCAUGCAUGUCAUAUUCAACACCGUCUUCUGGCCUUAACUGUUACAAAAUAAAUGUGCUGUGUAUCUUUUGGUCUCAACUGUUUCAAAAACACUUAAUCAAAGUAUAAAGAACACACAAAUUUUCCCAGUAAAGGAAUAAUAAUGGCAAUAUUUUCUGAGUCUUAACUCCCCUCCCUAUAAUAGAUGUUAUUUCAGUUUUCAUAAAAUAAAAUGUGUCAUGAUGCCUGUACCUUCUGGGCACAGGUUUUAGAGUAUCCAAGUCAAUUUCCAGUUACCAUAGAUCAUAAGUAUAGUAAGAUAAAUGCUCUCUUUCCUUUCCAAAGUCCUUCAGUAAUUUCCUGCCGCCACUCUCCCAUGCAUGUGGCAUCACUUGCCAUGUAGGUUUCUCAUGCACAGUCCCUAGCCCAGACAGUUUGCUUAGUCUUUAAAAUUGUGGCAGGGUAUGGUUAUGUAUCUUGGGCUGGAAUUUAUAAUCCUCCUACCUCAGUCUCUGGGUACUAGUGUUAUAUAACCCCAGUUUUUCAGCAACCGGUACUCUCCUUGGUUCUGAUAGCUCUGACUAGACAGCAGGGCCGUCUCUCUGGAAAGGCAGGGCCCAUUAGCAUGGACUCUAUGAGGACAUUCAACUGUAGCUGGUCUGUAGAUAUGCAAUCCUAUAUCCAUUUGUUCAAGCUCUGCAGUUCAUCUGUCAUACUUACCAUUGAUAGGUAAGUGUCUUUGUCCAUGUUCUUUGCAUGGAUCCAAGUUGAUAAGAUAGCAAAUGUCUCAGGUGCAUUCUUGGAACUAGUUUAUAGUGUUAGGAGAAGGUUCCCUUGACUGUUUCAUGCCUUGUCUGAACAGUCUACAAUUUUAUCGCCUGUUUUAUUUCACUUAAUAUGUUUGUAAACUUUCUUGCAUGACAGUUCAUUUCAAGACACACUUCUCUUUAGUUUACUAUUUAUAUUUUAAGUUUCCAUUGUCAACUUACCAUGUGCAUCAAGACUUUUUUUUUUUUUUGGAGAUUUUUAGGAAAGCGUCUCACAUUGUAGCCCAGGUUGGACCUGAACUCUCAGCAUUCCUCCUGCUCAUCCUCCCAAGUGUUGGGAUUACAAGGCAUGGGUCAACAUGCUUUGAAUUUUCUUAGAGACAUCAAGGGACUGUGAAGACAGCACACUCAGGAAAGCACUUUCCUCACACGCGUGCAGGUCUGAGUUUGGUCCCCAUGGGAAGUGCCUGCUGCGGCCUGUACUUGCAAUCCCAGCCCCAGUGAGACAGAAACUGAGGAGGAGAAUCCUGGGGCUUGCUGCUUCCAGGCCAACGAGAGAGCCUGUCUCAAAGGGAGGUGAGCAGUAUUCCUAAAGGUGACAGUUGAGGUUGUCCUAUGGCUUCCACAUGUAUGUGUAAACACAUGUGCCCUUGUGCUUAAGAGGAUGCUGAAGUACCACCUGUCCCUCUCUCUGCCAUGUGCUCUCCUACCCAGCCUCCAUAGAUGUAGUCUUUGACACCGUCUUUUUAAGCUUCUAGUAUACAUGCACACACCUGUGGUAAUAUAAAACAUUCUCUCUAAGGCUGUACUCUAUAAAUAGGUUAUUCUGCAGAUAUAUAUUUUACUGCUUUUAUUUCCCACUGAAUGGUUUUGAGAUUUAUCCAUUUAUUUUAGCAAUUUUGGAGCGCCCUAGUACAUUUAAUAUUCAUCUUAUUAGUGGACUCUUUGGUUAUUUCUAAUUCUACAUAAUUUUAAUCACCACAUGGUGAAGUUCUUUGUAUGUCUUCUGGGAAACAAAGUGUCAGAGUUUAGCUUUACUAAGUAGCUUCAUAAGUUUCUUAAUCUCUCUGCAAUAGAUAGUAUAUAAAUUCCCUGUCUCUACAAUCUCAAAGUCCUGAUCUUAACUUUUUCCAGUAUGAAGGGUAGUGGUUGCAUCUCACAUCUGGAAAUUGCCUUGGUUCCUGAACUGAACAUGUUUUUCUUAAACUCUUGGCCAUUUUUUUUAAAUCAUCAUACAUGGUGUGGUAUGGGAAGAUGUGUGUGUAUAAUGCGAUAUUCUGACUCAAGAAAUUCCUCUCUAUUUAAAUAAUAAAGAUGUUACCUAUAUUUUACAAUUAGUUUUUUUUCUCACAUUUGCUUUUGUAUAUGACAUGGUGUGGCUCUAAAUAUUU